AUGGGAGGUGAUGAGAACCUGAACGAGAGCAAGGGCUGCUAUUCCGCGCGUUGCCCGCAGACCAGCAGACCAGCAACUCGCCCCAUCAUCUACCACCACCUCAUCCACCAUCUCCUCCCCCAGCCACCUUCAACCAACCACCUCUCUCGUUGCCUCCCCUGUAAGCGCCGGCCUGAUCGAGAGAGUUGCACAAGGCGACCGUCGUUCCAGGGCGCCAGUGCAGCUGCCAGGGUCCCGGGCCCGUGCGAAGCCGGGAAGAUCCACUCGUUCUCGAAACGAACGCGCCACCGCUUCACUGGUUGGUCAGAGCGCCCCCUCCUUCAUCGCCUCACUUUGCGACUGGAGCCUGUUUCUCAGUCCGCCUUGGUGGUCCUUGAGUGGACUACGACCGGGGGGAAGAAGGGGGCUGGACUGGACGAGAGGAUGGUUCUGUGCGUGGGUUGUUUACAGGUCGACAAUGUCCCACCCUCCUCCUCCCCUUCUACGGAGUACAGUACACAAGAGGGCUAUGGGGCACUGGGUCGAACGGGCAUUCGCGUCGAUCGGGGGGAGGCGUCUACACCGCAAACAAUCAACCUCGCGGGAACCAUGGAUGAAACGAAGACAGGAGGACACGAGUUGAGGAAUCGCCCGGCCUACUGGACAUGCUGGACAUGCUGGACAUGCUGGACGGACAUGCUGGAUACUUCCACGAUGGAUCAUGGAGGAGGGAUGAGGUGGCGGGGACCAGAAGAACAAGGCCCAUUGGGGAGUCACGAGUGGAGUCAGAGGAUCCAUUGCCGUUCGCGCGUCCCAAUGAGUCUUAGAGGAUCUGGAGUCGACAAAUCCAGACGGGAUUUGCGGACGCCCUCAAAGCUGACGCUGCCUUUUGGCGUGACUUUCCGACACGGAACUCCCGUCGUUAUUGCCACUGCACUAUCCCCAACACUCCAGGGAGAGGGGGGCGAGUCGUUUCUGCAACGCCAGUCGAUCGUUAUGUGCGACCCCGGGCCCACACCAAUCAGCGGAUGCAGGUGGCGCACUGCACGGCUGCGGCCGGGCGAGUCUUCAUUUGCCCACCAAGUGGAACGGGCCCUGCGAGCUGCACACCGCUUGACUUGGGAUGGCUUGGAUGACUUGGAUGACUCCGACUCUGACUUGGCUGGCGACACGCGCCUAUGA